UUUUUUUUUUGUUUCUUUUUUCUUUUUAUUGUGAUUACUAUUCUUAUAGUCUUAACUAUAAAUAAAACUAGUUUUCAUGACAACUCAAAUCGAUAGUAAAAUCAUUUAUUAGUAGCAGCAGUCGUACAGCAACAUUAUUCAAAAAAAAAAAGACUCGAAAUUAAUUAUUUAUUUAAACGAUUUUUUUUUAUUUAUUUAUUUAUUAAUAAAAUCAUGAAUACAAUCCUGAGUUAUUCCAAUGCUACUCAACUCCUUGAACAAGGAAGAGCAAAGGAUGCAUAUACUGUUUUCCUCUCAGUUGUCGAAUCAUCUACUCAGCAACUUCAUGGAGUGAAAUUUGUUCAACAAACUAUUGUAUCAAAACCACUUCAAUAUGAUGAUUCUAUCGCUUUACUUCGAUCAUGUCUUGAUCAACUUGAAAAAAUAGUCAUUCAUAAUAUGACUGAUACAGUACCAAAACUAAAAUCUUCACCUCCACCAGUACCACCGAAACCUUCUGCUGCUGCUACUACUACUACUACUACUACCACCACCACUACUACUACUGCUACUGCUACUACUAUUAUUCAAAAACCAAUGAUCCCACCUAAACCAAAUACAUCUUAUGACUAUCAACAACAAAAAUUAAAUAUGAAACGAUCAAGAGAUAAUUCUGUUAGUUUUGCAAAGGACUCUAAAUUAUCUCAAAUGAUGACUGUCACGAAAGAUUCUGCUGAAGGAUUUGAAGAAGAAUUAACUGAAGAUGAAGAUGAAAGCAUUGAAUUUGAAAAUAUAUUUAAUCAUAAAAGGAAUGAAGAAGUUCAAGUAUUAAAGACAAGAGGCAGAAGUAAAUCAUGUACAGUCGAAAAUAAUCUUAAAGAAGAUCUUAUGCAAGUCUUAUCAGAGACUGUCAUAGAUCCACGACAACUUGCACCAGCACAAACAAAUACAGGUGAUAGUUUGACUAUACCAACCAUAUCUCAAAUAAAUGAAUAUGUUCCCAAUAUACCCGUUCCUCCCUUAUUAUCUACUCAUCGUCGAUUACAACAACAAUUAAAUGAACUUGAAAGUAAUGCUAAAGGUAAAGACAGUAUAAGUUGUAUACGUCAUUUAUUAGAAAAGGUGAGAACGCUUUAUAUGAGUGCUAUGACUAUACCAAAUAUCCUACACUUUUCUCCUCAGUUGGUUGCCUAUCAAUUAACCCUUAUCGAAUCUUCUAUCUUUCGUGCUAUCCCUUCUAACGCUCUCCUAUCUCAUUCAACACGUACACCCCACAAAAAAAUCGUUGCCUCUACUGAUUUUUUUAAUUUCAUGACACGAUCUAUUGAACAUUCCAUUCUAUUACCUCAAGAGGCAUCUCGACGAGCUGAAAUCAUUCAAAGAUGGAUUAAAAUUGCCAACAAAUUAUUAGUACUUCAUAACUAUCAUACAUUAAAGACCAUCGUUUCAGCCUUGGGUACGCCACCCAUCAAACGUCUUCGAAGGACCUGGGAAUGCAUCCCUAAAAGGCGAACAGCUCGACUCGAUUAUCUAAACUCUCUCAUGUCAGAAUCAGAUAAUUAUUGCCGUUAUCGUCUUCAUAUCGGUUUAGAGCGAAAACGAAUUUGGUCAAAUCCGAUAGUCCCCUUUUUAGGUGUCUUUAUUCAUGAUAUCACUUACCUCUUGGCCGCUACCAAGAACCCUAAUGGUGAUCUACGUGUAAAAGGUGUAUUGGAUAAAAUUCAGUUAUUUCAAUCGUCUCCUCCAUAUCCUCAUCAGCCUCCUUCUACUUUCAUUCAUACCCCUCCUAAAAGACAUCUCUUUCGUCGUCCUACCAUGUCGGAUGCACUUCAUUUUGUUGGUUCUAGGAAAAGCAAUCAUGUCAUGACAAUGAUAGGUGAAGAUUAUCAAGGUAUUGAGAUUGAAUUAGAGCAACAGUUGAUUAUUCAAUAUGUACUCAUGAGGCCUUGGGUCAGUGAAAGGACAAUUGAUGCACUAAGUUCGUUACGUGAACCUUCAAAGCCUCGUUCUAUAUCUUCACCUACUACCUCUCGAUAUAGUAAUGGUAGUAGUAAUAGUAGUAGUAUUGAGGCAACCGUCAUGAAUACCAUCCUAUCACCGGUUGCUACAACUUUACCCGCCAAUAAUCAUACUAUAUCAGCUUCUUCCUCAACCUCUCUCCUGAGUAACGCAAGCUCAUUUAUACGUUUUAACAGUGGUCAUGGUCAUGAUGAUGGUGAUGAUGUUGUUGCUGUUGAAGAUCAACAUAUAAUAGAAGUAGAAAAUAAAAGAUCAAUUGUAGGUGGAUUUUGGCCAUUCAGAAAGAGUAAUGACAUGAGUCGUCAUUCGAUUCAAAUGAAUCAAACUGAAAUAAAUCAACAAGAACAAACUUGGAGUGAAGAAGAAGAAGAAGAGGAGGAGGAUGAGGAGGAUGAGGACGACGAUGAUGAUGAUGAAGACGAAGAAGACUCAGGACUGGAAAUAAUAAAUAAAAACUUACAACAACAACAACAAGAAGAAGAUACAUCAAAACAAUUUGUAUCUUCUAAAAUGAGAAAUAGAUCUGUUGUCAUUUAUAGUAAAAGCAAAGGUCAUAAUCGAUCUUUAUCUCUACCAUCAAAGUCAAGCAUAGUUACUGAUUUGUAUCCUCAUUGAUAUUAUUCUGAGUUUUA